AUGAAUAAUUCAAAAGUGUCAAUUCCUGGACAAUACGAAGACGAAAGCUGUGUUAUAUAUAUUGGAAACCUUGAUUCCCGUGUUUCGGAUGAAGAAAUCAUUAACCUUUUUUCAAAAUAUGGACAAGUAGUUUCACUUUUUCGUCGGCUGCUCGACAGCUUUUACCCAAAAGAAAAACCAAAGACGUUUAAGCCGCCAAGAAAUGGAGUUCAAUACGGGUUUGUACGAUUUUCCAAUCGUGACGGCGUUGAGGCCGUUCUUAAGGAUGCUAAAGGAAUGGUGCUUGGAAAAAGAAAACUAUCUAUCAAAGCAAGAGUAGUUAAUCCUUCAAAACUUACUGAAAAGACCCAAAAGAAGAUGAAUGACUCACCAAACUUUGAAACACCCAAUAACGAAAUCAAAUCAAAUACAGAAAAUGAUAUUCAAACUGUAAACCAAAAACCAAGGUCCAAUUCGCCUAAAUCCUCUAUUUCUAAAGUUAUAAAUCCUUCGGAAGUUCAAACCCAACAAACAAACAAAGCUACUUACACUCCAGCUUCAACAGACUCAAACUUCAAAGAAGCUGUUUUGUCUCUAGGAUUAGAGGAAUUCAGCAUGCAAGCAGCACCAACUGCCUUUUCAUCUACGUUUACUUUAACGGUUAUGAAUAUCCCAGCUGAAAUGACCCCCAUUGAUUUAUACAAUUACUUCAAAGCCGUUGGAACAGUGAAAGGAACAGCAGUAAGCCAGUUUACCGAUCAGAAAGGGGAUCGGUAUGGAGAAGUCAUUAUGGAUUCGCUUGAAGCAUGCAAAUCGGCAAUUCAUGUACUCAGUGGAUCUCAUUUCAAUGGUAGUAAACUCGACGUGAGCAUGAAAAAGGUCGCAUACCCCAAUAAUCGCGCCUUGAACCUAACCCCCUCUACUGAAAGCCUAUGGCCAUUCCCACAAGAAAAUUACGGAAACGCUUUCUGCAAAAAUGAUGCAAACAACAAUGGUAUGACAUGGAUGAUGGGUUCUCCUACCAAGGAACGCUAUCAAUGGGGAAGCUCAGCGGAGCAACUCGAUAUUUCUACUUAUUCUAAAAACAAUAUUCCCAGGAACAACAAUGCACUUCCUUCGAUAUCCCAAUGGGAAUCUUUGCAAGCCAGUAGCAUGCACUCUGCUCCCGUUGACCCAUGCAAUCUUUAUGUAAAAAACUUGGAUGACACCGUUAUCUCAACGAAAGACCAAUUGGAAGCUAUAUUUUCUCCGUUUGGCAAUAUAACCUCUUCCAUGCUAGCUUGUUAUCCAAACUCGGGCAUUUCGAAAGGAUACGGAUUUGUAGCAUUCCAUCGCAUAGAGGAAGCCAUUGCAGCAAAGGAAAGAUUAAACGGUGCAAUGAUUGGAAAGAAAAGAAUCUUUGUAUGCUUCGCUGAAAGAAAAACAGACAGGAUACGCCGGCUUCAGGAAUUGUUUGCAGAACAAAGAACUACAGGCAAUGGCUCACCAUCUUCAAUCUUUGUUCGUCCUGAGAAAACGGUUCCUGUUACUAUAAGAAAACCUGAGGAAUCAGCAAAAUCUCUUUUGAGUUCAACUCAAUCCAUUACAAACACUGAAGAUGAAAAUAAACAGAACAGCACGGUGGACGAAAAUCGCAAUGAGGUUCAUGAUACAGCAACCCCCAAGAAAGGUCUGCCGAAAGAAGACAAACGAGAAAAGGCCCCUUUGAAAGAGAACUUAAACUCGACUGAAAUUCCUGCAAAAAAGCGAAUGUCAAUCAAGUCUCAGUCGAUUGCUAAUAACCUCAAGAAAAUUGAGGAGAUGUUGAACCGUAAAAAACUGAAGAGCUCUUGUUUUGUCCCCCGGGCAAAAGCAACUACUUGCACGACUUUGACUUAUGUAACAGUAGAACCCAUUCAUUAUCAGGAAGAUGAAUUGCUUCUCGAAGAUACAUUCCCCAAAGCAAAUCAUACGAAAACGGAUCCAGAUAUGUCUAUGAGAUUUAAACAAAUGAGCUCUUCAUUGUAUCCCGAUUCCAAUAAAGAAAACUUCGAAUCUACUGUGAAAGUCGGAAACGCAUCUCCUUCAGCAAUACAAUUAUCACAGUUGUAA